UGCAGAGAUGAAAUUGAACUCAGAGUGUCGCUGUUCACCAGCAGAGGAAACACGUUUCCACCCCUUGCUCGUGCUUUGUUACCCCAGGCUUCAUCUUCUCCUUGUCAAAUUGUACCCUUGGAUGUGCUUUGGUCAGCCGUUCGUUUCAGAUGCACAGUUUACUACUGUUUUUUGAUAUGUUAUAUCGGACCGCACAGAUAGUUGGAUAAGCAACGCCGUUUUUGAGUUGUUUUCAUUCUUGUCUCAGGAUGGCACACAAUGGAUACCCAGCGGCUGCCUUGCUUUACAGCUUUGCUUUCUUUCUUCUGCUGCUUCACAUCGGUAACGGAGACAUAAGCUUUUCCAUUCCCGAAGAAAUGAAACCCGGAUCUGUCAUAGGAAAUAUAGCAAAGGACCUCGGCUUGAACGUGGGGAAAUUAUCUGCUCGAAAGGCCCGCAUUGACAGCGAGCUGAACCGGGAACGGUACUGUGACAUAAAUCUUAACACUGGAGAUUUGAUUGUAGCUGAACGAAUUGACAGAGAGGCGCUUUGCGGGGAAAAGGCAUCUUGUAUCCUUCAAUUUGAGUUAAUCUUAGAGGCACCUCUGGAGUUGCACCGCAUUUCACUACAAAUACAGGAUAUCAACGAUAAUCCGCCUGUUUUUACUAAAGAUGAAAUCAAGAUAGAAAUCAAUGAACUGGCUGUUAAAGGAUCUCGCUUCCGUGUUUUGGAGGCACACGAUAUAGAUAUCGGGCAAAACGCUGUUCAAAGCUAUGCGUUACAGACCAACAAUCAUUUAAUGCUGAAAACUCAGUCAAAAUCAGAUGGGGGUAAAUUUGCAGAGCUGGUGUUGAAUAAGGAAUUAGACCGCGAGGAGCAGCAGGAAUUGCGAUUAUUGCUCACUGCAUUAGAUGGAGGCAGUCCUCAAAGAACUGGCACUGCAACUGUGCAUGUGACUGUACUAGAUGCUAAUGAUAACGCCCCAGUGUUUAGCCAGACAGUGUAUAAGGCCAGUCUGCCUGAAAACGCACCUCUAGAUACUGUAGUGGUUACGGUGGCUGCAACUGAUGCAGAUGAAGGUCUAAAUGGGGAGGUGACUUAUGAAUUAAGUCGUAUUUCAGAAACAGGUAGAAAGGCAUUUGCUUUAAAUCACAACACAGGAGAAAUUAAAGUGAUAGGGCCUUUGGAUUUCGAGAAAGAGUCAAUAUAUGAAAUGCGCGUAGACGCCAAAGAUGGAUAUGGCCUUACUUCAGAUUCUAAAGUAAUAAUUGAUAUCUCCGAUGUGAAUGACAACCCACCUGAAAUCAAUAUGAAAUCACUGACUACUCCCAUACCUGAGAACGUGUCACCUGGUACAGAGGUGGGCAUCAUUAACGUGCAGGAUAGAGACUCUGAGAAUAACAGACAGGUCCGCUGCUCCAUUCAGCAAAACGUCCCUUUUAAGUUGGUUCCUUCUAUUAAAAACUAUUAUUCUCUGGUGACCACAGGACAACUGGACCGUGAACUGGUGUCUAAUUACAACAUUACAAUCAGUGCCACUGACGAGGGCUCUCCACCUCUGUCCUCCUCUAAAACUGUUCAGUUAUCUGUAGCAGACAUCAACGACAACCCACCUGUGUUUGAGGAACAGUCCUACAGCGCAUAUGUGAGUGAAAAUAACAAACCUGGCUCCACUUUAUGUUCCGUUACUGCUCGAGACCCCGACUGGAGACAAAACGGUACAGUGAUUUAUUCUCUGUUAGCUGGUGAGGUGAACGGUGCCCCGGUGUCCUCCUAUGUAUCUGUUAACGGAGACACGGGGGUGAUCCACGCUGUGAGGUCGUUUGAUUAUGAACAGUUCAGGAGUUUUAAAGUCCACGUGAUGGCCAGAGACAACGGUUCUCCUCCGCUCAGCAGCAACGUGACCGUCAGUGUCUUCAUAUCGGAUGUGAAUGAUAACUCUCCUCAGAUACUGUACCCCGCCCCGGAGGGCAACUCCUUCAUGACCGAACUGGUCCCCAAAGCUGCACACGGAGGCUCUCUGGUGUCCAAAGUGAUAGCGGUGGACGCGGACUCCGGACAGAACGCCUGGCUGUCCUAUCAUAUAGUCAAAUCCACUGAUCCGGGACUUUUCACUAUUGGUCUCCACAGCGGAGAGAUCAGGACACAGCGGGACAUUUCUGAGUCUGACAGCAUGAAACAGAACCUUAUUGUGGCAGUGAAAGAUAACGGACAGCCCUCUCUCUCUGCCACCUGUUCCAUGUAUUUACUGAUUUCUGAUAACUUGGCAGAGGUGCCAGAACUGAAGGAUAUUUCUUAUUAUGAGAAGAACUCCAAGCUGACCUCUUAUCUGAUCAUCGCUCUGGUGUCUGUGUCCACCUUUUUCCUGACCUUCAUCAUCAUCAUCCUGGGUGUGAGGUUUUGUCGCAGGAGAAAGCCCAGACUGUUGUUUGACGGAGCAGUUGCCAUCCCCAGCGCUUAUCUCCCUCCUAAUUACGCAGAUGUUGACGGAACAGGAACUUUACGCAGCGCUUACAAUUAUGACGCCUACCUGACAACAGGUUCUAGAACCAGUGACUUUAAGUUCGUCAGUUCUUACAAUGACAACACACUGCCUGCUGACCAGACUCUGAGGAAAAGCCCAUCAGACUUUGCUGAUGCAUUUGGUUCCCCAGAUGAGUCUCCAGAGGUAGGCCUUAUACAAUUCUGUAUCUAACAUUUAACCUUGAUUGUGAUCUUCCAAUAGUGUGGCCAUACAUUUCAAAUAGCCUUUUAUUUAAAUAUUUCAGUAUGCAUUGGAUCAUUUAAGCCAUGAACAACCGUGUGCCUUUUGUAUGCAAUUUGUUUUUUGGCAUGAGCAUUUUUGUGAUGUGAAAUAACAUAGUGGGUCUGAUUUGAAAUUUACUUGGCCGCAACACUUUCCUGCAGUGUUUGAUUAUG